CACCACCCUCUGUCGCUUGAAGAGAUCUUGGACGAGACGAACCAACUGGACCUCGGAGCACGGCAAAAGCACUGGCUGGCAACAGAGGCCCUGCAAAACAACCCGAAGCUUCAAGUGACGCACGACGGCAAGUACUGCUUCCGGCCAGCGUACAACCUCAAGGACCGCAAGAGUCUUCUGCGGCUACUAGACAAACACGACCAGAGGGGCCGGGGUGUGCUACUAGAAGACGUGCAGGAGUCGUUGCCCAAUGUGGAACGCCACCUCAAGGUGCUGGGCGACAGCGUCAUCUAUGUGGUGCGCCCCGUCGACAAGAAGAAGGUGCUUUUCUACAAUGACAAGUCCCUGCAGUUUAGUGUUGACGAAGAGUUCCAGAAGCUUUGGAGAGCGUUGCUGUCGAAGGUAUAGAUGAUCAGAAGCGAGGAGUACUUGCAGAAACAGGGCAUCACAUCUAUGCAGGACAUGGGUGUCAAGAAAGUGAAGCGUAAGAAGCCGUCGUCGAAAAGGGCAAAGACGUUCAAGAAGCACAACGACCACAUGGGGGACAUUCUAGAAGAUUACACCGACAAGUAGAUCUCAUACAUGUAAAACUGUACAUAUGCCUUGUAAAUUUCUGCGUAACAUUUCUGCGAGG